AGGCCACGCCCCCGGGUCCCGGUGCCCCCGGAGUGGGGACAGCGUCCCGGACCCGGCGCUCAUCGGGAACCGCAGUGGGGCUCGGCCGCACGGCCCCGCAGGGCUUGUUUCUUACAGCGUUGGCUCAGAGCGCUGGGCAGGGGAGGGAGCUCACCCUCCGCCUGCCCUCGGGGCGGUGCUCCGGUGCCUCCGCCCCUCACCGGCUACCCAGUCCCGUGGCAGCGACUCGCACCGGAGCCGCGGCCUGGCCUUGCUUCGCCACGCCCGCUUCCCCCCCUCUGCGCCGGCCACCGGGGGGUUCGCGGUUCCCGUCGGCUCCCGCUGCCCCGCGAUGCCGUCCAACAAAUCCGUCUCGGACGCGCCCAUUGUCCAGUUCACCAACUGCCGCAUCCUGAGGGACCACCAGCUCCAGAGGGAGGAUCUGUGGGUACGAGAGGGGAAGAUCCUCAACCCAGAGAAACUCUUCUUUGAUGAGAAAGGCUCUGCUGAUGUCCAGCUGGACUGCAAGGACAGCAUCAUCGCCCCAGGUUUCAUCGAUGUCCAGAUCAAUGGAGGCUUCGGGGUGGACUUCUCUCUGGCUACAGAUGACUUCAAAUCAGGUAUUGACCUGGUCAGCCAGAAAAUCCUCUCCCAUGGAGUGACCUCUUUCUGUCCCACCCUGGUGACCUCUCCUCCAUCUGUGUACCACCAGGUUCUCCCUCAGAUCAGUGUAAGAAAUGGUGGAAGCCAUGGAGCAGGAAUCCUGGGAGCCCACCUGGAAGGGCCAUUCAUCAGCAAGGAGAAGAAGGGUGCCCACCCAGAGCACUGCCUCCGCACCUUUGAGGCAGGUGCCUUCCAGGACCUGCUUGCCACCUACGGCUCCCUGGACUGUGUCCAGAUAGUGACCCUGGCCCCUGAAAUGAAGAGGAGCAGUGAGGUGAUCCGGGAGCUCACCAAGCGGGGUAUCUGCGUCUCCCUGGGUCACUCAGUGGCUAAUCUGUCCCAGGCUGAGGAGGCUGUGCAGCACGGAGCAACCUUCAUCACUCACCUCUUCAAUGCCAUGCUGCCGUUCCACCACCGUGACCCUGGAAUUGUGGGGCUGCUGACAAGUGACAAGAUUCCUGCUGGGCGGAGGGUCUUCUACGGCAUGAUUUCUGAUGGCAUCCACACCAACCCCGCUGCCCUGCGCAUCGCCCACCGAGCCCACCCCAAAGGGCUGGUGCUGGUGACAGAUGCGAUGGCUGGCAUGGGGCUGGCACCGGGUCGGCACACGCUGGGUCAGCAGGUGGUGGAGAUCGAUGGGCUGAACACCUACAUUGCAGGCACAAAGACCCUGAGUGGCAGUGUGGCGACCAUGGACACCUGUGUGCGACACUUCCAAGAAGCCACAGGGUGCUCGGCAGAGACCGCGUUGGAGGCGGCGUCUCUGCAUCCUGCUCAGCUCCUGGGGAUUGAACAUAAAAAGGGGACACUGAAUUAUGACUCCGAUGCAGCAGAAGAGACCAAACACAUUUUCAAGGUACUGCGCUCACCUGAGACUGCUCUUUCAGAGAAGCAACAAGUGAGCAAUGUGUUUGGAGAUUGUCAUCUCAAGAUGGAUGAGGGUCAGAAGAGUAUGGAGAAAGGCAUGAACCCUGAUGUUGUACAAGUACAGCCAAGCAAGAGGCAGGCUACAGAUGGUGUGAAACAGUCUGACCCAACCCCUGAGGCAAAGCCAGAGUUGUUCAUGUCAUCUGGCAGCAGGUUCCAGUUUGAUUUUACACUUUCUGAGAAUGACCCAGAAGCUGACCCUGGUGACAGUGUUGCUGAGCAUGUACAAAACAAUGUCAGAGCCACCAAGCAGGAGAACCGGAAUGGAGCCUUGAUGUUUGCUGCCUCUGGGCAAGAACCCAAGUUUGCUUUCAACUUUGCCAUCACAGAUGAAGACUGUCCUCAUCUUCAGUUACUUCCAGCAAGCCAACAUACAGAGCACAUAGCAGAUCCUUCACUGCCUGCUGAAUCAGCAGCUCUGCCACAGGCCACAGCCUUGCAGGAGCCUGAGGUGACUCAAGUGACUGGGAAUGCAUCCAAAGAGGAUAGAAGCCAUGUCACAUCAAAGAUCCCCGAAACAGAGACAGCCCCUGCAAAUGAGGCAGUGACAGAGAAAUCGACAGGAGGUGGAGCUGCCCAGAAGAAGAAAAAGAAGAAACAAAAACCACCUCUCAGUAGAAACAAAACAGAAGAAACUGAGACCAGCAGGAAGGCAACGGCAGAAGCUAACAGCUGUCAAAAUACAGAUACUUCCCAUCAGGAUGAGAAGACCUCUCAGUCAGAUGAGCAGCUGCAGAAAGAGGUGGACUGGUGUGUGAACCAGCUGGAACUUGGCUUGAAGACACAGAAACCCACUCCAAAGCAGGCUGAAGAGGCUCUCAGGGCAAUCAGGACACUGCGAAGUGACAAAGCUCCACUGGUGAAGAAGCGUCAGCUCAUGAGAGCCAUGUUUGGAGACUACAGGAAAAAGAUGCAUGAGGAGCUGUGCAGAGAGCUGAAGCUUAUGGAAGCAGCUGCAAAAUCUGCCAGGAUCGUGGAGUUGAAGGGAAACAUCUGCAAGAAGAAUGGCCAGUUCAUCCGGAAGUGCUUGGGAGCUUGCAGGAAAAGCCAAGGUUCAGCAGAAUCCCCUUCAGAGUCACACAGGACACUUAACAGAGGCUUAUUCAAUUGCACAACUCCUCAAGAAUUUCACUUUAAUUUCUUCUAGAAAAGUCACUUUGACUAAAACUGUGCCAGAUCUCCUGUAAACUGAAGAACAGUGGAAAGACGCUGUGCAAUAGGAAAUGUAAUGCAUGAAUCUCUGGAUCCUCUUCCAGGGUUCCUGAACUAGAAGUUUAAACCAGACCUGCCUACUAUGCAUAUGACCCUAAAACUCAGCCUACAUUACUGCUCCUCUGUGCUCACACUGGAGAGAGGCACCUUUGAAAGGGUCAGCAGUGUGGAAGGAUCUGCUUUCUUUCCUGCAGAAUUGACAUUAACUGUAGAAUCUGUCUUUUAUGUGAGAUUUUCCCUUUCUCCUGUUGCUUUUAAAUAGAGCAGUGCCUUUCUAGCAGCUGAGGAUGCAUACAGCAGGGGAUGGUUUGGAAUCAAGAUCCAGCAGUGGAUGCUUCCACUCUGAGUCUGUGUGAAUGCAGUGUCUGGCAUCCAGCAAACACCAGCAGUGUGUCAUCCCUGACAUGGAGGUGCAUGAGCUCACGGUCUUUGAGGGAAAGUGAAUGAGAACUGUUUUUGCUCAUUCAUCUCUUUCACUGACAGGUAUAAUGAAAUAGAAAAAAAUGCACAUCAUUAUUUAAUCCAGCCUAGGGAUGUAAGGACAGUUGUUUCUAGAAAAACAGGGAAAAUUUUUGUUGCUGAAGCUAGGUUCUGGACAGCUAGGAAGGAUAUGCAAUCAGCUCUUAAAUAAAGUUUGCUUUGUAAGUUCAGUUACAACUACCAGUGCAUCAGAGGGAAAAUUAGCUGCAUGUUAGCCUUGGGUAGUGGUAAAAUCAAAUGUCACAGCCAAAGACUCUGUUCCAUUUGAUUUGUAUUAAAUUUUGGCUUUUUGAAUGUG